CCUCUCUCUUUCCAUCUCUGUUUUAAAAGACAUGCUCAUUUAAAUACAUUUUUAAAAUAAUCACCUUAAAAAUAUUUUAUACUUUUAGUAUUGUUUUGUAUCAAUUAUUUUCCAUUUUAUUACAUGUUAAUUUGACCUUAAAAUGUACUUGUUUUAAUUCAAAUUUCAUGUAAUAGCUUACAAAAAUAUCUUACAGUAAUUUAUUUAUUUAAUUUACAAAAAGGCACCUAUCAUGCAUAUAUAGUCGUAAUAGUCGCCAUGAUGAUUUGUACAAAGGUUGCAUAGGUACUAGGGGUGUAAAUCGCGGGUUUUGUCACGAUACGAUAUCAUAUCGAUACAAAGAACUACGAUACGAUAUUUGCCGAUAUCUUAAAGCCUGCUGCGAUUCAUUCACGAUAUAUCACGAUAUAGUGCUCUACGUACGAUCGAUUUUUUUUUUUUUUUUUAAUAAAAAAUAUAGAACAAUAUCCUGAUUUAUAACAAUUCAUACGCAAAAUCAACAGGGUACUCCAAACUCUUUAUUUAGGAAAUUACAAGAGUAUUGUAGUAUACAAAGUGCUUACUUUAACACUGAAUUUUGAUGUCGUGUUUUUUCUUGCGGCGAGAUUUGUGCUCCCUGAAUAUUUGAUCACCGCAUGGCAGGAUUUACAAACUGCACGUGUCUUGUUGAGUCAUCUUUUCUUUGGAAUCCAAAGUGCUUCCAAAGAAUGACUUGAAGCCUAAAGGGGAGGGAAUUUCCUCAUCUUUUUGAACACUAGCCAUAGUGUUAGGGUGCUGCUCACUCUAACUUAUUUUGCAAGAACCACACUGCAAACCCUAACACAUAGCACCAGCCCAGGAGCCGCGUACUAGUUGUCGACUCCCCUUUCACGUGCCUGCUCUGCUCACAACACAACGCUGCCGCGCACUGCUCCCGGAAAGAGGAAGCAAGCAACAAUGAACUGGAUUUCAAAAUAAAGUCGCGUCUAAUGUCCAAGGUCAAACACGGCGAUAUAAAUCGAUGUUUACGUUUAGCAUCGAUGCCAAUAAAUCGUAGAGCAUUAUAUCGAUUAAUCGAUGUGUAUCGAUGAAUCGUUACACCCCUAAUAGGUACACUUUUGACAGUGUCUACAUUAUGCGUACUGCACUACUGAGGUGGGGGGGGGGGGUCUCCGUGUGUGCGUGGAGUGAAGGGGAAACCCAUAACGACCCACUUCCUCUCAUCUCCUUGGCAACAACAAUUUUCAAAGAAGUCCCAAGAGGAACGUGAAUGGCAGCCAAGCAAGCGCUGGACGCCUUGAUGGAUUGUUCGCUGCUUUCGGCUCAGUGAGCGGCCAUAGGAUUACCUCCUGGAGUGGACUUUUUCUUUGGAUUUUUCUUUGUGAUGAUAAAUAUGAAGAGUGGGAUUUUCACAGAAAAUUGAGCUCUUCUUACCCAACGUGAAGAAACUCACCUGCAGUGUCGCCCCUAACGACCGGCGUGACCAGUUUCAGCAAGAUUCAGCACGUUACGUAAACGCAGUGGGCGGAUGAGGAUGGCAACGAGGUGUCCUUGGAGUGGAUGCUAAUAAGGCCCUCCAACACGCCGCUGCUUCUAAGAAGAGCAGCUUGUUGGUCGCCGCUCAGUCUCCACGAGCACCGGGACCAGCCUCUUCAGGGAGACCAAGAGGAGGCAGCCGGCGAGGGAACGAGCCGCACCGGACUGCUUGCUGGACUCCUCUCGGCUGGCCGAGACAUGAGCCUUUCCCGCUGAUUGUAAUUGAUGCAGAACUGAGAGGUCCAGUGACUGUCCUUUUUGCCGUUUACCCCCCAACCCUCCCCUCAUUUUGCGUCCCCAUUCUGCUCGGUCUGUGAGGAGCCAUGACAAAGUCGUACGAGUUCAAUUGGCAGAAGCAUGUGCCCGAGUUCAUGCAACAUGGCGCCCCCUUUGACAGAUUUGAUGAGGACCCGUACAUCUUUGAGCCCAAUUGCCAGGUGAAGGUGGAUGAGUAUGGCUUCUUCAUCAGCUGGAAAAGUGAAGGAAAGGAGGGCCAGGCACUGGAGUGCUCCCUCAUCAACAGCAUCCGCGUCGGCGCCGUCCCCAAGGACCCGAAGAUCUUGUCGUCGUUCGAGGCCGCGGGCAAGACGGAGGCGGACCUGGAGGGCUGCAUCAUCUGCAUCUGCAGCGGCGCCGACCUGGUCAACCUCAGCUUCAUGUUCAUGGUGGCGGAGAACCCGGACAUGGCCAGGAAAUGGACGGAGGGGUUGAGGUCGGUGAUUCACAACUUCAAGGCCAACAACGUGUGUCCCAUGACUUGCUUAAAAAAGCACUGGAUGAAAAUGUGCGUCCUGACUAAUGUCAAUGGCAAGAUUCCCGUGAGAGGGAUUACACGGACGUUUGCAUCAGGCAAGACUGAGAAGGGCAUCUUUCAAGCCCUGAAGGAUUUGGGCCUUCCAAGCGGCAAGAAUGACGAGAUCGAACCGUCGGUCUUCACCUUCGACAUUUUCUACGCGCUCACGCAGAAGAUCUGCCCUCGCACGGACUUAGAGGACCUCUUCAAGAAGAUCAAUGGAAGCAAAAGUGAUUAUUUAACAGUAGACCAGUUAGUCAGCUUUCUCAAUGAAAAUCAGCGGGACCCCCGUCUCAAUGAGAUCCUCUUCCCGUUUUAUGAUCCCAAAAGAACCACACAGAUCAUCGAGAAAUACGAACGAGAUGAAGGGCUUAAGAAGAAAGGGCUCAUGUCCAGCGAUGGUUUCUGCCGCUACCUGAUGUCGGACGAGAAUGCACCGGUGUUCCUGGACCGCCUGGAGCUUUACCAGGACAUGGACCAGCCGCUGGCCCACUACUUCAUUAGCUCGUCCCACAACUCCUACCUGACGGGUCGGCAGUUUGGCGGCAAGUCGUCGGUGGAGAUGUAUCGCCAGGCCCUGCUCUCAGGAUGCAGGUGCGUGGAGCUGGACUGCUGGGAUGGCAAAGGAGAGGACCAGGAGCCCAUCAUCACUCAUGGCAAGGCCAUGUGCACUGACAUCCUGUUCAAGGAUGUAAUCCAAGCCAUCAAGGACACGGCCUUCGUCACCACAGAGUUUCCUGUUAUUUUAUCCUUUGAGAACCACUGCAGUAAACCACAACAGUACAAAAUGGCCAAGUAUUGCGAGGAGAUUUUUGGCGAAUUUCUCCAGAAGCAGCCGCUGGAUAACUUUCCGAUCGAGUCCGGUCGCCCCUUACCCUCGCCAAAUGAUCUCAAACGAAAAAUCCUCAUCAAAAACAAGCGCUUGAAACCGGAAGUGGAGCAGAAGCAACUGGAGGCCUUCAAGAAGCACAUGGAGGCAGGAGAGACCAACACCACGGCCAUCAUCAUGGGAGAGGAGAACGAGGACGAAGCGGAGAACGGAGAAAAGGAGCCCGAAGAUAAGGACGUGACCUCGGAGGCGCCCAGCAGCCUUUCGGAGGCGCCAAGUGACAAAGAGGCCAACAGUGACUCUCAAGCUAACGCUCUGAGCACCAAGAAAGUGGAGGAGCGCAGCAACAGUAUCAAAAAGGUGCCCGACGACGAGACCACGGAAGUAUCCGAAGCUACGGAAGCAGCCGACGCCACAGAUAUCUCGGAGGCGUCCGACCCUGACAACAACAAAAAGGAGGGUUCUGAGGACUUGGAGGAAGCUCUGAUCGCGCAGUACACCUACGUGGGCGCCACCACCAACAUCCACCCGUACCUCUCCGCUAUGGUCAACUACGCCCAGCCCGUCAAGUUCCAGAGUUUUGAUGUGGCCGAGGACAAAAACAUCCACCACAACAUGUCGUCUUUCAACGAGUCUGUGGGCCUCGGCUACUUGAAGACCAACGCCAUCGAGUUUGUCAACUACAACAAGCGUCAGAUGAGCCGUAUCUACCCCAAAGGGGGCCGAGUGGACUCCAGUAAUUACAUGCCUCAGAUCUUCUGGAACGCCGGCUGCCAGAUGGUCUCGCUCAACUUCCAGACCCCAGAUUUGUCCAUGCAGCUGAAUCAGGGAAAGUUUGAGUACAACGGAUGCUGCGGGUACCUGCUGAAGCCCGAUUUCAUGCGGCGGUCCGACCGAACAUUUGAUCCCUUCUCGGAGACGCCGGUGGACGGCGUCAUCGCCGCCACAUGCAGUGUGCAGGUGUUCUCCGGCCAGUUUCUGUCGGACAAGAAGAUCGGCACGUACGUGGAGGUGGACAUGUACGGCCUGCCGACCGACACCAUCCGCAAAGAGUUCCGCACGCGCAUGGUGAUGAACAACGGACUCAACCCCGCCUACAAUGAGGAACCCUUCGUAUUUAGAAAGGUGAUCCUGCCGGAUCUGGCGGUGCUGCGCCUGGCCGUGUACGACGACAACAACAAGCUGAUCGGCCAGCGUAUCCUGCCGCUGGACGGCCUGCAGGCCGGCUACCGUCACAUCUCGCUGCGGAACGAGGGCAACAAACCCCUCUCGCUGCCCACCAUCUUCUGCCAGAUCAUCCUCAAAACUUACGUGCCCGACGGCUUUGGGGCGAUCGUGGACGCUCUGUCCGACCCGAAGAAAUUUCUGACCAUCGCGGAGAAAAGAGCCGAUCAGAUGAAAGCCCUCGGCAUUGACACGAACGACAUCGCCGACGUCCCGAGCGGAAGCUCCAAGAACGACAAGAAGGGAAAAGGCCGAGGGGAUACGGUGAAGGCCAGCGUGAUGCCUCAGAGCAGCUCGGACGUUGCUCAUACCUCCAACGCCGCCCAGAACAACACGGCAGAGACCAAGAAAGCAGAUAACACACUGGUACCCAAUGUCAGCAUUGAAGACUUAAAGCAAAUGAAGACGUACAUUAAGCUCCUAAAAAAGCAACAAAAGGAGUUGAGCGCAUUAAAGAAGAAGCACUUGAAGGAUCAAAAUGCGAUGCAGAAAUCGCACGGCACGCAGGUGGACAAGAUGUUGUCGGCGCACGACAAGGAAAAGAGCACGCUGGAGAAACUGCUGGAGAAAGCCAUCAAGAAACGAGGGGAAAACAACUGCCAAGAUUUGAAGAAAGAAACCGAAGACAAGAUCCAAACGCUGGUCAACGAUCACAAAGCUAAGGUGAAGGACACAACGGCGCAGCACACCAAGGAAUGGUCGGAGCUGAUCAGCGGCCACAGCAGCGAAGAGCAGGCGAUGAAGGACGCCCACGUCACGCAGCAGUGCCAACACCUCAAGAAGCUGCUGAGUAGCAUGCAGGAGCAGCAGACCGGCCAGCUCAAACUCAUACACGAGCGGCAGAGCAAAGAGAUGCGAGCCAACCAGGCCAAGAUGUCCAUGGAGAACAGCAAAGCCAUCAGCCAGGACAAGAGCAUCAAAAACAAGGCAGAGAGGGAAAGGAGAGUGCGAGAGCUGAACAGCAGCAACACCAAAAAGUUCAUGGAUGAGAGGAAGAGGUUGGCCAUGAAGCACCAGAAGGAAAUGGAGCAGCUGGAGAAGAACCAGAAAGAGCAAGUGGAGAAACUGGACAAGUUCAAUGAGCAGCUUUUGGCAUCACACCAUGCAAACAAACAAAAAGGCAAAGGACAUGCAGCAGAUGGCCAAGUUGGAGGAGGGGAUGGAGUUCAGACCUCCCACGGUGGUGUGAGCGUCUGACACGCGCGCACACACACACAGACGCCAAAACUCAGCGCCCCCACACAAACAGACACAAUGUAGCCCCUCCCCCCCCCCUUACAAACACCAUUUAGCUUUGGAACUGUGCACAUAAACACUUUGUUUGUAUGUGACAUGAUUGGAAUGUAGCACUGUUUGUACAAUCACACUUGAUUUCUAACGCAAAGGUGUUUUCUAAAAUGUUGUUGAAGUAGUAUUGUGGGGAAACAAAAUGCCCACAUUAGUGAUGCGAUGAAAACUCAUCAGGGUGUUUUGCACCAUCAGUGAUGCUCCCAAAGUAAAUUGAUUCUGAUAUUUUCAUUAACCACUUCCAUACAAUUGUGUAGCCAAAAAAAGGAUAGUGAUGAAUAUUAUUCCAUCCAAUUGUAUGGAAGCGUUAAAAAAAAAGUAGUAAUAUUUUACUGCCCCCAAAAAAAAGCUAUUGUGUUGUCUGAAAUGUUUACAUUUUAAUAUGUUUUAUUGACCCCCCCCUCUUUAAAAUCACCCGAACUGGUUUUAGCAGGUAAACUAGGGGUGGGCAAAGUCUGUUCUUUUAUUUAAACAUUCAGAUUUGAUUAUCAAGACUUUUGUGGCGUUCACAUAGCUGCCCCUCCAACGCAGUUAAUAUUAAUGUAUUUAUUUAGAGUUAUUAUUCAAUUUUAUUUAUUCACCACAUUAAACAACUUCUUAAUUGAAUAUUUUAAAGUCAUUUUUAUAUACAUAGAUAGAAUACAAAAUAUUUCCAUUCACAUUUUAAUUUUUCUUUAUUUAAAAAAAACAUUAUCUACACAUGAGCUAACAACACCCAGCCAUUUUUAAAAUCUAAGGUGUCUCUAAAGGACUAAAGUUUGCUCACCCCUAACGUGAUUCAAUACUCAAGCAGUGAUGGAAAAAAGAAAUCUGCAAAAUAAAAUCACCACCAAAUUGCUAGUCUAUGCUCACAGCAGCAGCUUUCUGACAUCAUCAGGAUGACGUCAUUCUUUCCUCUCGCUUUAAUUUCUGUUUUGCGUCUAAUUCGUCUGAGCAGAGGCCGCCCCUCGAGUAUUGACUAGGGCGUGAAAAAAGAAAGUGCUUUUAUUCCUUUGCGUCGCAAAUGUGCCACUCGGUGUCUGUUCAGAUUGUUUUAAUUUAUUUGAGUGAGGGUCAAUGCCAAAUUCAAGAAUUAUUUAUAUGGAGAUCUCUAUAUACAUAUAUAUAAAUAAAUGAACAUAUAUAUUAUAUAUAUAUAUUAGAUAUGAUGUCUAGUUAAAUUGUUUGUUAGAGGCUUUUUUCUUCUUCUAUUUUUUGCACUUAUGUUGUCGGUCCAGAAGCAAAAUUUAUUUUUGCUCCUUUUUUUUUUAACUGUAGCUCGCCAACCAACCAUACUGUGUGUGUGUGUUCUCUCUGGUCUUUUUUUUCUUUUUGUAUUUCUAUUGUACUGUUGAACUUAUAGCGACGAUGACGCGGUUGUUACUCGGCUCCUUUAAUACUGUUUUAUAGUAUGUGUACCAAUAAAUGACAGUGGAACAUGGGA